GUCCGCCUAUCAUCUCACCUUUCCUCUCCCAAGUCCCAACCAACAUCAUCGCAUCUAACCUCUACCAAGUUUACUCUCUUUGUAUAUCAUCAUCAUCCUUUCUCCCAAACCCCAUUUCCCCAAUCUUCAUCUCACCUUUCCUCUCCCAAGUCCCAACAUCAUCGCAUCUAACCUCUACCAAGUUUACUCUCUUUGUAUAUCAUCAUCAUCCUUUCUCCCAAACCCCAUUUCCCCAAUCUUCAUUGCUCUCUCUGAAAAAAAUUCUUCCUGUACUGAAUUGAAUCUUCAACCAUGGUUACAGGCUUAGUCCUCAGAUCAGUCUCUAAGAAACUGUCUUUUUCAUCAAACCCAUCAAAACUCACCCUCACAAGACUUUACAACGCCCCACCACCACCGCAAGAACAAAAAACCGAACCAAAAGCAACAGACAAAUCAAACCACAAAACAUUCCAAAUCUACAGAUGGAAUCCAGACAAUCCAACAAAACCAGAGCUAAAAAAUUACUCAAUCGAUUUAAAAGAUUGUGGUCCAAUGGUGUUAGACGCACUAAUCAAAAUCAAGAACGAGAUCGAUCCAACUUUGACUUUUAGACGAUCGUGUCGUGAAGGUAUUUGUGGUUCUUGUGCUAUGAAUAUUGAUGGUUGUAAUGGUUUAGCUUGUUUAACAAAGAUUGAACCCAAGGAGAAAGAGAGUACGAUUACACCGUUGCCUCAUAUGUUUGUCAUUAAGGAUUUGGUUGUUGAUAUGACUAACUUCUAUAAUCAAUAUAAGAGUAUUGAACCAUGGUUGAAAAGAAAGAAUCCAGCUGAGGAGAAAGGGAAAGAGAUUUAUCAGAGUAAGAAAGAUAGGGCUAAACUCGAUGGGAUGUAUGAAUGUAUUCUAUGUGCUUGUUGUAGUACUUCUUGUCCUAGUUAUUGGUGGAAUCCUGAAUCUUAUCUUGGUCCUGCUGCUUUGCUUCAUGCUAACAGGUGGAUAAGUGAUAGCCGUGAUGAGUACACAGAUGAGCGUUUAGCUGCAAUUAACGACGAGUUCAAGCUAUACCGGUGCCAUACAAUAUUGAACUGUGCUCGUGCCUGCCCGAAGGGAUUAAACCCUGGAAAGCAGAUCAACACCAUCAAGGCACGCCAGCCUGGCCUACUGGGCUAAAACCGUGGGAAGUAGACCGCUACCAUCAAGGCACACCAGACAAAAUGGAAUAUUUACUGGAUGUGGGCACUUAAUUUUUCUAAAUUUCAGAAACUUUACAGCAUUCAUCACUGAACUACUAUAUAAGUUUAAUAAUAGGGUGCAGCUGUGUUUACUUGGACAUGUGCCUGAACUUAAUAUUCUCUGUUUCACAAUAACGGCUCACUGAAAAUGCAACCUUUCAUCUUUAACAGUUCAUCGUUGUUCUUGUCAAUCUUGUAUGCAGUUUUGGAUCUUAUAUUUAGUAAUGUAUUAAUGUUGCACAACCUAAUGUAUGAUGCUUUUGCUAC